CACCGCGCUAAUUGUACAGCCGUCUUAUCUAUUGAGUGACCGAGAAAGCCACAUGCUGAUCUUCUCGCAUCUACAUUUGUUGAUGCCGAAGAUACUCAGGCGCUCACCACAUUCUUGUGGCGUACUGGUUGAAGAUCCCCCUUGCCUUCCUUUUUCUUGGCUUUUAUCACCCAAAGCAUGCAUCUUCGAUGGGGCGAACUCUCCGUGAACUUCCUUUCCCGAGAUGGUGAAUCAUGUUUCUAUUUCGGAGUCACUACAUACGGAUAAACGCACCUGGGAGUAAGCCACAAACGUCCUUGCGUCUGUCCUUCGUUCUGCCAGAGACGCAGGAUCUAUCAGCUGGCCAUGUCUCAUCGAACGGACUGGUCCUGAUAUACUACGUCAAUGAAAACGACUAGUGUGGUUGCAUGAGAUGUGCUAUCGUUCUCCCCUUAAAGCUUUCGAGAUGCCGCGGAGGACGUGUCGUCAAGUUGGUAGGUUUUUCAUCUCAAUAUGUUUUCUCCCUUUGUCACUCGUUCAUUUCUUUUCGUUAGCUGUUUGACACACAGCAUACAUGCCACUCCUUUAGCCAGCGUGACUUUGUCAUCUCUCAUUGCACUCCCUAGCGAGACGAGCGUGCCACCAUACGACACGAUACCACCGAACAACAAAUCGGAAAGAUGGGACAGUCCAGAAUACACAUGGAUCUUCCAGUAUCCUCUACCUGUACCCCCAGUGAAGAAGUCGACAUUUACAUAUACCAAUGAGACUACCGGUGCCAUUAUCGAUUACUACGAGGUUGAAGUCAAGUCGGCCACGAAACAAAUAUACCCUAAUCUACCAGCUACCUCUUUAUACACAUAUGAUGGGUUGUCACCAGGACCAACUUUCAUGAUGCGAAAAGGGCGAGAGGCUGUGGUUCGCUUCACCAACAACAGUCCCACAAACUCAUCUGUCCACGUCCAUGGACAGUAUAACCGCGCCCCUUUCGAUGGCUGGGCUGCCGAUUACGCUCAUCCUGGCCAGUACAAGGAUUAUUAUUAUCCAAAUGCACAGAAUGCGCGAUCCAUCUGGUAUCACGACCACACUGAGCGUCAAACUGGCGAGAAUGUCUACAUGGGUCUAUACGGCUUCUAUCUUUUAACGGAUGAAGACGAACAAGCCCUCGACUUACCAACUGGCGAUUACGAUAUCCCAUUGGCCUUGAGUGCGAAACAAUACGCCGCCGAUGGCUCCCUUCUCUUCGAUACACAUAAUAACACUGGACUUUGGGGCGAUGUGAUCCAUGUGAACGGUCAGCCUUGGCCGUACAUGAACGUUGAGCCGUGUAAAUAUCGCUUUCGCGUCCUUGAUGGUUCCGUCAGUCGUUCUUACAAUCUAUACUUACAAGACGAUGAAACUGAAGAGUCACUGAGUUUCGACAUGAUCGGCUCGGAUGGUGGACUGUUCUCUCAUCCAGUAAACACGAAGAGCUUCGCGAUCGCUGAAGGCGAACGCUACGAGAUGGUCGUCGACUUCGCCAACUACAAGGGCAAGAACAUUACAAUGCUCAACGAGCGUGGGAUGGCGGGCAAUCUUGAUUAUGCUGCAACCGAUCGUGUCAUGCGAUUCGUAGUCAGUGACACUGCAGCCGAUAGCACCAACAACGACCCCGUGCCGUCUGACCUUCGCUACAUUCCUCCACCACCACAAACCAACGUCACUAAGAAUUUCACUUUCUCUCGAAUUGAUGGCGAGUGGCUCAUCAAUGGAGUUGGUUGGGAGGAUAUCGAGAACCGAAUCUUGACAAGACCUGUUUUAGGCAAGGACGAGAUUUGGGAAUUGAGACACGGAGGUGGAAAUGCCUCGCAUCCUGUUCAUAUCCACCUCGUUGAUUUCCAGGUGCUUUCUCGCACUGGCGGCCGUAACGAUGUGAUGCCAUACGAGGCAGCGGGUGAAAAGGAUGUCGUUUGGAUAGCCCCUGGUGAAUCCGUCCGUGUUGUGGCUAGGUACGCACCAUGGGAGGGUGUCUACAUGUUCCAUUGUCACAACCUUAUCCAUGAAGACCAUGACAUGAUGGUUGCGUUCAACGUCACGAACCUCGAAAAAUGGGGCUACGAUAAUACUACGGUCUUCAUAGAUCCUAUGGAGCCAGAAUUCCGACCGAAGAACAUUGACACCGCGGAUUACACGGAAGAGGCUAUACGCAGCAAGCUAGACUGGUUCUACAGCCUCAAUGCCUACAACGAGCGCUCUGAGCAAGAAUUUGAGGAGGACCGUGCCUAAUAAAGAUAUGAUGGUUCUCUUAUAUAUGAUCAGACUCGGUCAUGUGUCACUUCUCU